AUGGCCGCAGGUUCAGUCUACAAUGGCGGUGGUGAUGAUGAGCAAGAUGACACUAUCAUCGACAUUGAAGAGAUACAAGCUCACGGAAUUGGUGCUGCUGAUAUCACCAAGCUCAAAGCCAACAACAUCCACACUAUCGCGACUCUGAUCUCUACGACAUCGAAAAGACUCCUCAAGAUCAAAGGUUUCUCUGAUACCAAGGUCGAGAAAAUCAAGGAAGCAGCCAAGAAGUUGUCGCCUGCUGCGGGAUUCAUUACUGCUGCUGAACUUGGACAUGUGCGCAAGCGUUGCGUCAGAAUCUCUACUGGUAGCAAGCAGCUUGAUGCCGCUUUGAAUGGUGGCUUCCAAACCAUGAGUAUCAGCGAGGUCUACGGAGAGUUUAGAUGCGGCAAGACUCAACUCGCACACACCAUGUCUGUCAUUGCACAACUUCCAAAGGAGAUGGGAGGUGCUGAAGGAAAGGUUGCGUACAUCGACACCGAAGGGACUUUUCGUCCAGAGAGAAUCCAGGAGAUCGCCGAACGAUUUGGUGUCGAUCCUGACCAAGCUUGUGAGAACAUUGCCUACGCUCGUGCGCAGAAUUCCGAGAUGCAAACCGAGUUGCUGGAAGGUCUCGCUGCCAACUUUGCUACCAAUGAGUACCGUCUUCUUGUCAUUGACAGUGUCAUGUCUCUAUACCGUACCGACUACUGUGGUCGAGGUGAGCUUUCUGAACGUCAGCAAGUCCUUGGCCAGUUUCUUCGUCGUGCAACACAAAUGGCGGAGGAGUUCAAUCUAUGCGUCUUGAUGACAAACCAGGUCAUGUCGGACCCUGGUGCCAGUGCUCUAUUCGCAGGAGCUGAUGGUCGAAAGCCUGCUGGAGGUCACAUUCUGGCUCACGCUUCUACCACGAGACUUCUACUUCGAAAGGGUCGGGGCGAGGAACGUGUUGCUAAGAUUGUUGAUUCGCCUGAUUGCCCCGAACGCGAAGCAACUUACAUCAUCACAACUGGUGGAAUCAAUGAUCCAGAGAAGGCUUGA